CCUUGCCUGCCUGGCUGGCUUGCAAAAGCGGGAGAGCCACGAGAGGCUUUCAGCGCCCAGGACGCUGCGCUUGCCCACCACGUGGCCGCAGCUCCGGGACAUGCAGGAUCGGGGAACGGAGCCAAAGCGAGGAGGGGGGGAAGAUGAACGACAUUAAAGAGAGCCUACGGACCAUCGAACAGAAUUACAAGAUUUUCCAACAGCAGCAGUUCACCUUCAUCGCGGCGCUGGAACACACCCGAGAAAACGCUCAUGACAAGAUCAAGCCGGUGUCCAGCAUCGGACAGGUACAAAUGUACAUGGACCACUACUGCAACAACAGCACCGACAAGCGCAUCCUGCUCAUGUUCCUGAACCUCUGCGGAGACCUGAGCCGGCUGUGCCAGAGGCUGGAGACCCUUCAUUCCGGGAACGCCACCACCAACGCUCUCCUGGAGAAAUGCAAGACCUUGGUGAGCCAGAGCAACGACCUCAGUGCUAUCCGAGCCAAGUACCCCCAUGACGUGGUGAACCAUCUCAGCUGCGACGAAGCCCGGAACCACUACGGAGGCGUGGUGAGCCUCAUCCCCGUGGUCCUCGACUGCAUGAAGGAGUGGGUGGCCCACAGCGAGAAGCUCCCCCGCCACAUGAUGCAGAACGUGAGUUCCCGGCGGGCGGCCAUCUAUCAGCAGCCAGACCGGCCCAACCUGCACACCCUGGGCGUCCACCACGGCCAGCCCACCUUCGUCACCGAGGGCGCUCAGACCUUGCUUAGUUUGACCGAGAAGGGCCGGGCUCGGGAGGAAAGGCGGGAGGUUAGGAUGAAACAGCUGGGCGGCCUAAGGAGAGCCAUACGAAGGUUUUUGGACGGGCCGUGGAAACCGCCUGGGAAAAACGCCUUUUAAGGGGGGGAGAAAAAGAGAGAGAAAAGACCAAA